CGUCCUCCAGAAAGACAGUCCAAUGACUACGGAGUCAAGCUUUGUGGGAGGGAGUUCAUACGAGCUGUCAUUUUCACCUGCGGAGGCUCACGCUGGAAGAGACUCGACAAUGCAGAAGAUGAUUCCUUUCAAUGGAGACCCCACAUCACUAACCUUCUUCCCAAGCGUACCUCCUCCACCUUCUUUUCACUUUUCAAUGCCGCUUCAAGCACGAGUGACAAGGACCGCUCGUCCAUAAUUUUGGUGGAACCCCUGAAAGACGGUUGGCCCGAAAACAGCGGGAGGAGACGAAGGCACUUUUCUCAGGGUGUGGCAGACGUUUGCUGCAGCGAAGGCUGCACUAAGAACGAUAUAGGACGAUUGUGUUGAGGGGUACUUUGUUGUCAUGUUAAUAUCUCAUAACAAAUUAGUCAGAUUUUGUUUAAAAAAAAAAAAAGUCAUGUAAAAUGCGUUUGUGUUCAUAUGUCUGACUGACUAUAAUAAACAGUGACAUUUAUUUAAA